UUGACUUUCACUGAACUGAAUCCAGAGCUGCUGACACACAGAGAGACAGUUCAGCUCCUGCUCAGACUCAGAGCAAGUGGAAGAGGCUUUUUGAUAUUAUCUUUAAAUGUUUGAUUAUAUUACUCACACUACUUUUUUUCUUAAUUAAUUUUGCAACAUUAAAGUGGAUUUUAAGGAUAAUUCGACUGGAUACAAAUUAUAUUUAUGGAAAGUGUUUAUCAAUAUCCAGAAGUCUUAUUAUUUUGGAUCAGAACCUACUCAAACUGAUACAAAGAAACUGCUUAAUUUCCAGUUUCAGCUUGUGUUGGAGAGCUCGGCUGAAUAUCCAGCCUCACCUGGAGAUCCCUCAAGAUGUCACAAUAAGCUCCACCUGUGAUCCGCAGGAUGUCAUCGACCCAGCAACCCAAUUCUUCCAGCUGCAGCUUGCCAGUCCACGGCUCCUGGUGUAGUUUGGUGACAGCAGCAACAGUGAAGUUGGCAGAGGAGGGGCUCGUCAGGACAAAAGAGCUUCUGUUCACUCACGUCACUGAUGAAGAAACCUGAACAGACGGAAACAGAGGAUUCAGCCUGAAAAUGUCGUCCAUCGUUAUGUGACUGACUGGCAGUUGAAUGGGUGAUGGAUGACCUCCCUGUCAAACAUACGUGUCCAUUUAACCAAAAGCCGCUGGACUUCUACCUCAAACUACUGCUGUUGCUGAGGAAUGUGGUGCACAAUCAAAGUUUCAUGCAACAUUGUCCCAUAAGGUCGGAGGACGGUGGGUUUCCCAACUUCACGUCUGAGGCAGGAUCACCUUUCUUACUGAAGCUCCCUCUCCCUGCAACACUGGGACGCAUGGAUCACUACGAGCUCACCCUGGCUGAUGGGGACAGCACACUGCCCCACUGGAUGAUGUUUGAGCGACAGAGUAACACUCUGGCUGGCUUGGCUCUGACCGAGGAUUGUGGGAUAUACCGGCUUAAAGUGUCUGUAACAGGCGAGAUGUGUGCUGAAUGUUUUUACCUGCACAUCCGCAAUAAACCAAUGACUGACAGGGACCCAGCAAGAUACAUUCUGCCCUGCUCUGAGGGGGAGAUGAUGACCUGGGCUAACCUCCUCCUUCAGCUCAACCCUGUGACUCUUAACGCCAGCCAGCGUCUCCAUUUGGUCAGCACCAUGGCCGACUACCUCCACCUGCCAAUGGGCUCUGUCUGCCUGUUUACACAAGAUAAACCCUUCAUGCAACGACUAAAGAGGCUCAGGGUUAGUGGGCAAAGUGGGUUUGCUGAGAAAGCAGACAUCUCAGGAGACACCGCUGAGCUUGUGUGGCCAGUCGGCUGUCCAGGAGAGGAGGGACAGUCGGAUUUAGCCACGGUCCUGGAGCACAGUGUAAAGAUGGGAGCUUUGGCGAGGCUGCUGGGAGCUUCUGUGCUUGAAUGGAGGAUACUUUGUGCUCCUGGAGGGCUUUGGCAAAGAGUUAAGAGAGACUUGCAAAAGAUCAAAUUUACACCUAUUCCAAAUUUGAUCGUUCCAACUCAAGUCCAUCAGUUGGUGAGACUUGACAAUUUCGGGACAUAUUCUCGUCUGUUACAACUGGAGCCAAGUGUGUCAACCUUUUUAUUGAAUGAGAGUCACGAGUGGACAAAAUUGGAGCCAAAACAUACAAAGAAUCAAACAGAAAGUGCUGUUAACUCUUUGAGCAAACAUGCAUAUACUUUACCAGUUUCACCUGAGAAUAUCUUAAAGUUCAGGUCUGAAGAGCAGACUUUUAACACGAUGAUUUACCGCUUCAAUUCUGAUAUACAUUCAGAGAUGCCACCACUUAUUUCAAAAACAAAUCUCGUGCAAAAAAUACAGGUACCCUCAACUUCUCUUCUCUCUUUGAAGACUUUUUUAAAUCCAUAUGACAAAGAUGGUAAGACUGUGAGGGUGCAAGAUGUAGUUCCUGGCAGAAUUAGUCUGACAACGUCGCACACACACAAUUCUGGGGUACAUACAAAGCAAAAUGCCUCAAAAAUAAAACCUCUCGUAGAAGCGACCGGCUACAGUGAGCAACCAGAACUCACAUUAGAUCCGUCAUUAAGUAUCUCUGAGUAUUUGUGGACCACAGACGUUUUCUCAUCUCCAUUUUUGCCUCAACAUACAUCAACAGUGGAACAUUUUGUUGGGGAACCUUCCGCUGACACCACUCUCUCAACGCUGGUACCAUCAUCCACGCUGCACAGUGUUUACCCUUCACUGCCGCUGACCCCAGCCUCUUACAGUGUCACUCCCACUCUGACACAUGAGGCCGUCGACGGGGUAUCGCGAGCCACUCGUCUGACCCGGCGACCUCAUCUGAAGGAAACCUCCCCCCAAACUGAAUCUCACAGAGCCGACCGCACUGACUCAGAGAGACGGCCCACAGUGAGCUCACAGGGCCACAUCAUCUUUACCCAUGAGCCUCUAAAAUCCCACAACACAGUGGAGCCAACGUUCCAAACCCUCCCAUCUGUUUCUCAUCCACCUCAAACAGAGAAACAAACCGAUGUCCUGCCACCAACCUCCAGAUCAGAGCCAACACAGUCAGCGCCAUCAUCGAACAAAAUACCGUCGACUCUGCUGCUUCCAGAUUUGUCACCGACCUCGUAUUUAACAAGCGAACAAUUAUCAAUAACUCAGCAGGGUGAGACAAUUCAACAUCUGUCCCCAGUUUCGUUUGGCAUGAGUCAGGACGCCGUGUCUCAGCAGAAUGUAACAACUCGGGGUGAGUCAUCAACCACAUCUACGGGUCAGCUGACACCGUCUGGACUAACUGAAGUGGAGUCUUGGAUCAGGACGUCCGUGUUCCAGCCCUCAGCAGAGAUGUUUACUCCAGCUUUGCCCUCUGAGCUUUUCAGUGCACAACUUGAGACGCCUGAUACCACAAAUCCAGUAUUUAGCAUAGAGUUUGUCAAAGCAUCACCAUCUCUGAUCUCUCUGCUGCAGACAUUCUCCAGAUCUUUGCUCCCUGAUUUUGACGUCUCCUCUUUGCAGGAGAAUCUGAAAAGCAAAGAUGUGAAGGAUUUUCAAUCAAAAUGUACAGGAGAACAUAUUUUCUUUAAGUCUUUAACUCAAAUCUCCCAAAUAACCUCAGUCCCAUUAAGUGAAUCAGAAGACCAGUUGUUUGAAGAACUGUCUGUUAAAUCCGAUCAUAAAAGUUUGCUAUUCAUCCCAUCAAUGUUACAAACUCUUCUCCAUACACUGCAGUUUGAGGAAUCUGAGCAUAUUGCUAUUCCAUCCCACAUGUUCUUAAUCCCUGGGAUGACAACAAGUUUAUAUUCAACAACAACAGCCCUGACAACAAUUACAUCAGGACCCAGCAUGACAUUUCCAGUUCUACCCUCAAUGUCCCAGAGCGGAGGCCCAGUGUUCCAGGGCCAUUUUGAUCCAACUGCUCCCUCUGCUGCUCAGGAGCCAAACACUACACCUACAGUUCAUGAGGAGGAUGUUCUUGACUGUGUGACGAGUUAUUCACGAGUUGUUCACAAGCUAUGGACGACUUUAGAGAUUGAUUCACAAUUCUUCUCAACCCAGACGUCAGUGGACAACUUAAGUAACUCAAUUUCCUUGAAUCUUCCACCCAAAGUGAUGCAGUCUAUCCCAGUGUUGGUGGCCACAGUUGGUUUCCCCUUCCUCUACUCAAUCCCCCCUGAAACCUUCCUGGAUCCAGAUGAUGGCGACGCAGACGCACUUUCCCUGGAGAUCAGGUUGAUUGACGGGCCUCCCCUCAGCACGGGCACCUGGUUGGCCCUGGAUGGUGUGGAGCUUCGUGGGGUCCCGCUGGAGGUGGACCUGCACUUUGCUCCUCAGCACCUCCUCCUGGUUGCCCGGGAUCGACAGGGUCUGAGCACCUCGCUGCGGCUGACUCUGGAUCUGCUGCGCAGCCCCAUUGAACCCUGUCACAUUUUCACCCUGACAGCUCGACGCAGCCUCCACUUCAUCCUCCGUCACCGCCACAUGGUCGAUGUCUUGCUGAGGAAAUUGUCUCGCUUCUUCAACAGCUCGAGCAGCCACCACCUUUCUGUGGUUUCCAUGACACCUGGGUCCACUGUGGUGUCCUGGUACAACCGCAGCUUGUGUGAGAUGAGACAAAUCAAGAAAGCACGAUGCAGCUUUGAUAGAAUACACAACAUGUGGUUGGACAUGGGGUCUGUAGACGGAUCAGUCAACCCGGACUUCAGAGAGGCGAUGCUUCCAGAGUUCCCUGUCAUUAAAGUCGGACCUGUGAGCUACAGACAAGACUGUUUUCCCACAACUCCCCCUCCCACAUUUAAUCCUGCUGUAAACACCACUGUGAAACCAGACACCAAUACCCCCCUCAGUCCCACCUCCAACCCCUGUGCCUCUGCAUCUACUCCCACCUCACAGGAGUCUAACUCUUAUCCAUGGAUGGCCGGCGUGUUCACAGCUCUCCUCGUCAUCUGCCUCCUCAUCCUGAUCGUUCUCCUCGUCGCUACAAUUCUUUAUUUCUGCAAAGGUCGUGGAAGGUCGAGAACAGUUGCCAUUUGGCCUGCAAACCGCCUGCUCUCGGUUCAAAGCAGAGACCCGAGAGCCAUAAGACCCAGACGGCCUCCGCUGCUCCAACCUGAGCUGCCGCCACCUCCGCUGAGGCUGUGGAUCGACCUCACACAAGAUAAUGAGAGGUCACUUCCAGGGAAGCAAAGACCAAGAACUUGUGACAAGGCGUUGCAGCCUCGCCCUCCGUAUUAUGAUUUCUCAAAUACAUAGUAAAGCAAAAAAGUUUUU